UGUAAAAAAGACUAUUGUGAUACAGACUUAUGAUUAUGGUGACUAUAGAUCAAUUUUGUAAAUUUUUUAAAAUUAUUAGAAAAAAGAGUUUUACAGAAAUAAUAUUGUGUUUGUUUCUGUUGGUUUUAAUACCAGCAUACUAUUUUGUCGAUGUUUUUCAUAUAUUACCAUGUAUGUAUCAUCUACCGUCAGGGUCAAUUUGGUAUUUAACUCAUGUGCUGCCACUAACGUUUAUGGUUUUCAACCUGCUGACAAAUUUUUUAGCUGUGAUGUAUGCUGAUUCAUCAGUAAUUGGUCGAUUACUUACUGUGUCGGAAUACACAUCGAAAGACAAUAUUAUGUACUGUUCUGUAUGCCAAUGCAAUGUUCCUCUAAGGUGUUGGCACUGUGAUAUAUGCAAUGUCUGCAUAUUGACAAGAGAUCAUCAUUGUACUUUCAGUACGACAUGUGUUGGUCAUUAUAAUAGACGAUACUUUUUAUGGUUUUUGCUGUAUUUAUCUGCAGCCAGUUUUUAUGAGAUAAUUUUGAUUGGUUAUUAUACAUAUUGUCAAGUUACAAUUAAAUUUUCAGACUUGAUGGUUUUAGUGCCAUUUCAAUCAGUUAUAACUGGCUUUCAUUUAACUGUAGGUCAAAUUUUUGUAGUUUUACUGACGUUGAAUCUUAUAGCUGUAACAAUGUCAUCAUUGUUGUUAAUUUAUCACCUAGAUAAGGUACGAAAAGGUCUCGUAUGCCAUGAAAAACAAGAGAGAAAUUAUGAUUUAGGCUUAAUGCGAAAUUUGGAAACUGUCUUUGGUGAAAAAUGGUAUAUAACAUGGAUUUCCCCAUUCAUCAAAUCAAAAUUACCCUACAAUGGAAUAGAUUGGCAAAGCCAUGUUGAUCAAUAUAAAAAAAAAUAGAUCAAUUUCUAUUGGUAUAACUUUGAAAUACCUAAUAAAAUAAAAAAAAUUAAGCAAUCUGUGAUAUACAAGUGUCUAGACUAUAGUACAAUUUUAAGUUUUAGCUUUAAUAGAUGAGUGUAUGCUUUAAAUUAUGUCUGCACAAUUAAUAAUUGUAGAAUUGUUAAAUAUGUAUGAUGGA